CCUGACCCUUCGUUGGGGGGAUGGGUGCUUCCCGAUGCUCGGAUCUGGUAUACCGGAGAGAGUGGAUCCGAGAUUGUGGAGACUUUCCCGGAAGAUCGGGUUUUCCAUUCUCCGCUCCCUGAGGGAGUACAGGCGGUUCCGGCCCAUACGGCCAACGCGAUGGUGGGGGUGAUCAAUCGGUUGAAGUCCGCGUUGGUUCGAGCCCGAUCUGCACUUUCUUGCAGGAGCCCCCACUCUACUCGGACGGGUGCUGGACGAGCCGGGGCCGACGACGCGGGUCCCUCGGGCGGGGGACACGGUCGUGAGAGAGAGAGGGCACGGCACUCUCCCCUACGGCAUCGCCGUUCCGACGCGGGGGUGAGUUCUUCCGGGGAGAGGUCCGAGCCGGAGCGUAGGCGACAUUCCGUGUCGGUGGCCCGAGAGCCUAGCCCCGAGUUGCAGUCACAACCCCAUUUUUGGGGUGAUUCUGGCUGGGGGCCCUCAUACCACGGGGAGUGGAGUGGAUGGACCGGCGAGGCUUGGAGACAUGGAGCCGAUGACGAGUCUUAGGCUUACCUCCUGUUUUGUACAUAUUCAUUCUUGUAUUCCGCAUGUAUAUAUAUUUUUUUGCGAUUUUUGG